AUGCCACUAAUAGAGAUUGUACGGCUACCUGGCACGCAGGAUCAGGUUAAUAAAACCUCGGAUAGUAAUACUGUGGCGAGUUCAAACUCCGACGACCUCUCGACUUCUUCAUCUCUCGCCCAGCGUCUUUUUCUUAAUGGUUUUGCUCGGACUGAUUCCGACUACAUCAGCAAAGGCGAAGCUUUGCGACACGCCACUGAAGCAGGCUCUACCUAUUUAGUCAGACAACUCCUUGACAGUGGAGCUGACGUUAACCAAGUAGGAAAUAGUGGUUGGACUAGCCUCCAUCUUUCCGCUCAAGGCAGAUACUCUUAUGAGGUACUGGAUAUGUUAGUUACGGCUGGAGCGGAUUUGGCAGCGACAGACCAAACAUAUGGUCUUACGGCGCUUCACUGCGCGGUUCUUACUGAAAGCCCAGAUACUGUCCGUCUCCUGAUCUCACGAGGUGCAGAUAUCAGUACUCGAAGCAAGGAAGGCUGUCAUCCUUUGCACUAUGCCGCGGACCAGGGAUGCGUUGAAAUCAUCCAGGUCUUGAUUGAUGCCAACGCUGAUAUCGAAUGCGUCGACGAGAGCGACGCCACUCCAAUGCAUCAUGCAUGUACCCAUGGACACCCGGACGCAGUACGGCUCCUGAUUGACUGUGGCGCCUUGAUCUCGUCAAGAACUACAGAUGGUGAUACGCCCUUACAUAACGCUGCUUCAAAUCGAAGAUGUGAGGUUGCAACUCCCCUCCACGUUGCUGUCUCUACAAAUUCCCUGACUACAGCGCAGAUCCUGCUACACCAUGGCAGCGACAUUGAGUCAAAAGAUGAAGAUGGCGAUACGCCUCUGGUAGUAGCAGUCCUGUUCAGCUUUAUUGAAAUGACCACCUUGCUACUGAAGAACGGUGCAAAUAUAGAGAUGGCACAACUCUUGGUUGAGAAAGGCGCUGAUCUUGAAGCGAGAGAUGAAAAUGGUCGAACAGCAGUGUUAGCGGCCGCUGCCGAAGGAAAAUUGGAGGUAGUUCGCUUCCUGGUCGAUCAAGGUGCUGACGCAAAAGUGACAUGCAACGGGGAUAAUUGCAUAUACCUUGCAACCCAGGCGGAGAGCAAACCCCUGAUACGACUAUUCGCUGGUCAAGGGGUCCCCAUUGACUCUCCUUCUGAGCUGGGACAUACGGCAUUGAUGCAAGCAGCUUACAGUGGCAACACGGAGAUUGUUUCUCAAUUGCUUCGACUGGGUGCCAAUGUCGAUGCACAGGAUACGGACGGUUGGACACCGUUACACUAUGCUUCAAGCGAAGGUCAUGAACGGGUCGUCGAGAUAUUACUCGAAAACAGGGCGAAUCCUACCAUAGCGACACAUGUAUCAGGUGACCGCGCUUAUGAGCUAUCUCGAAACCAAAAUUAUGACAACAUCACGGCACGGCUUAAGGAAAGUGUACCUAUUUCUCUGGUUGCACAAGAAGAGUCUGAUGCAAGAUCUGUUACUGCAUUGCUGAACGCAGCAGAGAGUGGUCACUUGGCCCGAGUUAUUCAACUACUUGACGAGGGAGUCGACGCCAACUCGCUUGAUAUAGACGGUCGCAGUUCUCUCUCUCUUGCUGCAGAGCACGGAUGGAUCGAUGUUAUUUUGAAUCUCACAGGCAGGAAUGCAGACUUAGAUUUGAAAGAUGUCUAUGGUGGAUGUCCCCUCUGGUGGGCUGCGAGAAACGGCCACCAGGCUAUCGUUGAGCACUUAAUCAAGCAAGGAGCUUGCAUUGACAGUGUGGAUUUGGAUGGACAAUCUUCUUUAUCCGCAGCAUCACAGCAUGGUCAUUGGUCAACAGCUAAAACCCUCAUCAAUAAUGGAGCCAACCUCAACUCUUCCACUUGCUAUGGCAAGGCGGCCCUACAUUUUGCGUCAGCGGCUGGUAAUCUGGACCUGGUGAAGCUGCUACUGGAAUCAGGGGUCCAUGUCAAGUAUAGGACUCCUAAGGGUGAUUCUGCUAUGUGUUUGGCAGAGAAGUAUGGUCAUCUAGAAGUGGCGAAAACUAUCGAAGCUCACUCAAUACGACGUGAAAUUGAGCCAGACAAGCAGAUUACUACCGGCGAAGAAACGUCUAAUUCAGGACAGUCGAUCGAACUUACGCCUGCUAUUGAUCGCCAGUACUAUUCUGCGUUGGUGGAGGCCUCAAAAGACGGACGGUUGUUGAUGAUCGACUUUUUACUCAAAUCAGGACUUAGAAUUGACAAUCACGACCAUGGAAGGAGAGCUCUUUAUGAAUCUGUUUCUCAUGGCCAUGCUACAGCAGUUUCAGCACUUAUCAAACAUGGAGUCGACUUUCACCUUCGGGAUCCAGAAGGCCGCAGCUUCAUGUGGCUGGCCGCAUCUCAAGGUCACACGGAUGUUGUUGAAAUACUUCAUCAAUCUGGAGUUAGUCUACAUGAGACAGACAACGAGGGGCGAAGUCCAAUUUUGGAAGCUACACGGAAUGGUCACGAGACAUGCACGUCACUUCUGCUUCGUCUUGGAGCAAAGACAGAAUCAAGGGAUCUCCAGGGCCAAGGACCACUUUGGCACGCAGUCAACCGCGGUCAUGGUGUGAUUGCUGGACUCUUAGUUGAGUAUGGAGCCAAUAUAGAAUGUUCUGACCUAAAGGGCUACACACCUCUCAUGGUAGCUGUACAAAAGCGAGAUCGUAUACUAGCAAAGCUCUUGCUCGAGGCAGGGGCCAAGAUGAGACCAGAACCUAUCCGUAACUACUCGCCGUUAUGCUGUGCAGCAGAUAAUGGUGAUGAAGCUAUCGUGGAUUUACUUCUUGAUCACCAGGCGGAGCUUAAUUACCUUUCAGAUAAUAAGCGGACUGCACUCCAUCUUGCGACACUUGCUGGAAAUACUAUGGUUAUCAGGAUGUUGAUAGAAGCAGGUGCAAAGGUUGGACUACGGGAUGCUGAUGGCAGGACAGCCUUAUCGCUAGCGAAGGAGGGCACUAAUGAUUCAGCUGUGAGAUUACUGAGUCAAGCUGGUCGCUUACGCCAAUCCAGCCAUAAAACCGAAAGCCAUGGAAAAAGAGCUUCAUAUCAGUAUCAGGCUCUCGACAAGAAAGAUCACAUCCGUGUCCUUGAACUGCACCCCGGGUCUCCUGGCGACAUACUAUGCUUUGAUCUGACUCACGUCCAGCUUGGAUUCAAUGCCUCAUUCGAAGCCCUGUCUUACGAAUGGCGUGACAAGCACGGAUCAGUCCCAGUUCAAUGUGACGAUAAACAAAUUCUUAUUACCCCUAACUGCAAAGCGGCAAUGGAGACUCUUCGAUUGCGUUCGAAGCCAAGGUAUUUAUGGAUUGACGCUAUAUGCAUUAAUCAAAAGGAUGACCAGGAGCGAAACCAACAAGUGGCUAUUAUGGGAGAUAUCUUUUGCGCGGCAGACAAGGUCCUGAUGUGGCUCGGUGAAGAAACGGAAACAACCCAGGAGGCUUUCGAAGCAAUUCCAGCAAUGGCCGAAGCCCACCGUAUGAUUCUCAAAAAGGAAGGAAUGUUGAGCAGUCGAUCGAAAAUAGAAGGGGACCCGAUUGAGCUGAUGGAGGAUCUGCUACUGGUGGAAGAGAUCUUUGAGGGCUUCAUGGACCUAGUAACUCGACCAUAUUGGACUCGAGCUUGGAUCUUCCCUGAAAUCAUCAUCGGUAGUUCUAAAGGCAUUGCCAUGUGUGGGAGUCAGUCUUGCUCCCAGGUGAUGAUGUUGAACGCCCUGCGGGCUUUUGAGACAUAUCCCUCUACUCCGAAGUUCCCAGUAUCUUACAUGAUGUCGCAUGAAUUCAAAACCUCAGAGGAACAUGGGUUUUCAGAGGAACAUGAAUCUUCGGAAGAAGAUCAAAGUUCGGAGGAUGAUGAAGACUCAGAUGAUCAGAGGACGCUGGGAAAAUUGGUUAUGACACUCCACCAGCUGAACGCCACUGACCCCCGCGAUAAAGUGUUUGCUGCUUUGGGGCUCGCAUCAACCCGGAAGAAGCUGGUCGACCGACCCGUUGCCGAUUACACUAUGACUGUAGCGGAGGUCUACGUAAAUGCUACUCGCUACAUUUUCGACAUAGAUGGUAUUACUUACGCUUGGCAACUUGGCAUCCGACGUAGCACCAAAACGACACCCGACCUACCUUCAUGGGUCCCUGAUUUCAGGUCGAGAACAGAGGGAAUACAAGAAAAUCCUUUCAAGGACUCGUUCCUGAUGUCGAGACUGAACAUUAUGGAAAAUCCAAUUACAACAGAAACUUCUCUUCAUAUCGGAGGUUGUAUUGUCGAUAAAGUUAUUCUUAAGUGGACAAUAACAAAAGACAUGGACCUCGGUGAAUUUCUUUCAUCAGUCGUCCAUGCACUCGCGAGGCAUAACUAUUGCAUCUUCGAUAAAUACCCAGAUAGUUGGCAGUCACAUCAUUACACGCAAGUGUGGAAAGGCAGCCGUCUUGCUAUGCCGCGAGUAUCUCUACUGACUGGGAUAGAGGAAGAGAGACUCGAGCCACAAAUACUCGACAGAACUUACGCUAGGGCACUUAUAGAUACCCUGAUGGACUUCAACGAGCAUCCUUCUAUGACAUAUGAGGAGCUUACAUCGAUAGCUGUUGGGUUUCUGGCUUUUGUGCUGUUGGUAGAAGACGAACAACUACCGGGUGUCUUGGAGCAAACACCUGAUUACGCGGAGCAAGCCAGCGAAAUGUGGUUUGAUCGACUUGAUAAUGAACCGAAGUCCAGAGACUCCGGUCUUACUAAUGGCGAGUUGAUGGAGAAGAUGUUGAGAUACGGUGCAGAUAUAGUCUUUACAGAGAACGGCUACUUUGGGAUUACAAAUGGUGGUGAAGCUUCAGUAGACAUGGUAGUGGCAACGCUGGGCGACGAGGAUGUCUUCCGACUACUGAGAAGGGGAGCUGGGCCAGAGCGGUAUUAUGAAUACGUCGACGAGCUCUUUUUCAACUUCCUCGGCUUUGGAUGGGACGGCAUACCGGGUAGGUUUAAGGAUAUAAAGAUAGAGAGGUUAGAGAUUCGCUAA